AUGCCAUUGUUUGAAACAACAGGAUGGAACGUGACCGCAGAUAAAGUGGCCUUUGGCGGAGCCGAGGAGCCAAAGAAAAAGUCCAAGCUGAAAAAAAAUAAGAAAAAGGCCCCCUUGACAGAGAUCCAGCCAACAGAACAGGACCUACCCCAAAAGAGAAAGAGCGCUGAGACAAAAGAGCCCACAGCCAAGAAACCAAAGACAAAAGAGAGCUCUCAACAUGACAGCCAAACCAACGAUGCGCCAGCUAAACUGGCCCCAGGCCCAAUGCCUGUAAUGAACUCCAAGUUGACUGCAUUGCAGCAAAAGAUGAUGGCCAAGCUUUCUGGGUCUCGCUUCAGAUGGAUCAACGAACAAUUGUAUACGUCGUCGUCUGAGUCUGCACUCAGUCUUGUGAAAAACCAGCCAGAGCUCUUUGACGAGUACCACCAGGGGUUCAGAUCGCAGGUGCAACUGUGGCCCGAGAACCCCGUCGAUGUGUUUGUAGAACAAAUUAAGGGUAGAACUCAUAAGCCAAUUAGCGCUCCAGGCGGUUUGCCCGGAAACUCUCAGAAACAGGUGGUGAUCGCAGAUAUGGGCUGUGGAGAGGCACAAUUGGCCCUUGACAUCAAUAACUUCGUCAAGCAAUACAAUUCGCAGAAGAAAGGUAAGGGCAAGAAGGAUCGCACCAGUGGUCCCAGGGCCCCAACGAAAUUGGACAUCAAAGUGCACAGUUUUGACCUCAAGAAGGCCAACGACAGAAUCACCGUGGCCGAUAUCAAAAAAGUGCCAUUGAAGGAUGGUUCUUGUAACAUUGUGAUCUUUUGUUUGGCAUUAAUGGGUACUAACUUUUUAGACUUCAUCCAAGAGGCCUACCGUAUUCUUGCACCCAACGGAGAGCUCUGGAUUGCCGAGAUCAAAUCGCGGUUCUCCGAGUCCAACAGUAGCGGCUCCAAGCCUCAAAGACCCGAGGAGGUCGGUAAAGAGUUUGUUGACUCUUUGAAAUUGUUUGGUUUUUUCCACAAGAAGACAGACAAUGAGAACAAGAUGUUCACCAGAUUUGAAUUUUUCAAGCCAUCAAAAGACAUCAUUGCACAGCAGAUGAACUCUCACAAGAAGACCAAGUUCAUUGAAGCCGAGUCGAAGAAGGAGGAACUCGAAUCGAAGAGACUGAAGACCGCCGAGGGCAACUGGCUCUUGAAGCCCUGUAUCUACAAGCGGAGAUAA